AUGGCUGGAGAAGCUUUGACCUUUCAAUCCCAAAUGCCCAGUCCUCUGUCUUCUCCGCAAGCUGCCCCCACGAUGCCCAUUGGAGAGGAGCUCAACCGUGGCGUGAGAGAAUUUGUGUUUGACCUAUGUCUGAACAAGUUGAAGAAGGGAGAAGCGUCAAUCACGAGCACAUACAAUGAAUUCGUCGCUGGACAAGAUCGAGCGCUCAAGGAGCAGCAGCGCCUGUGCCAGAAGCUGUUCACGGAAGUCCAGAACGACGUCUUCCACGCCGUCCGUGAGAGUACCCGCAUCUCAGAGGAAGAAGCUGUAAGCAUCAUGGAAGAGCUUUCAGCCAAGUUCUCGAACCCUCUGUGGAGUGUCAAGGGCACGCCCCUGAUGAAUCCUGCCGAUUUUUCAUCACAGAUACCGUCAACACCUCCCCCAGAAGUCGACCAUAACGGCAUCCCGAGUGCCACAGUCAGUGUGGCGGAGGCUGUACCAGUGCUUGAACCCAUCGAAGGCCCCUCGACCCCUCCGACAGAGCUCAACCAGCACCGUGCUCAAAGUGCCACACUUAGUGUUGGCGAAGCUACACCAUUGCUUACAAGUGUUGAACAACCCUCAACGCCUCAUCCGGAAACUCGAUGCAGCGAUGGCCCUAGUGCUUCCUUAUUUAUGGGAGAAGAUGAAUCCACGGCUCAAGCUGAUGUUGAAGAGUCACCAAUGCCUUCGUCCUCGAAACGUGCUCAGUCGCCCGAUCUCUCUAGCAUCGAGACCCCUUCCAAGAGACUUCGAACUACGCAGACCUCGGGUAACAAUCUUGAGCCGGCAGGUACAUCGACACGAUACCGCAUCAAGCCGGCAGAUAGACGGAAGACUUCUCAUAGAACCCUUAUGAUGAAUGAAGUCGAUGGUCUGGAAUACAUCAUCAGUCCAUCGAUCUCUCCGGGCCAAUGGUUCAUCUUCCGAUGUGGAUGCAAGAACCACCCCUUCGUUAGAGACCCGCUGGAAAGCGGCUUUGGCCUUCGACGCCACCUCAAGUCGAAACCGCAUCAAAAUUUCCACGAUCAUCUUGAUUACGAAAUGUCGGAUGAAGAUCUCAUACUGAAAUAUGGCUAUGAGGUCCAAGACGCCGACGAGGAGUCGGCGAAGCGGAGCAACGAAAUGCUGAAGGAGAGAAGAGCAAAGAAGGCAACAGAGAUGGCCAAGAGGCCAAGCCCCAAGACGCCUACUCCAAGGAGACGAAGGGCAGGACCCCGCCCAGGGGCAAGCGUCCCAGAGGCCCAGACCACGGUCCCUGUUGCGGACAUGUCGGUCAACGGAGAAAUGCCUGCCACGCCGCCCUUGGCGUCUUGGCCCGUGAUCUCAGAUGUUCAAGGGGAUAGUGAUACCGAGUCUCUGCCUCCUCUCUCAAGUGUAGGUCGUAAAUGA